CCCCUUGCUCUCCACACUCACUGUGCUCACUUGUCUUUGUCUCCCAACAGUCACGGCCUGGAGCGGGGAAAGUGGCGGCAAAAUCAAGUGACGAGGUGAUUGUGCUGGACUCGGACUCGGACACUGAGCUCACCGAGGUGAGCGUGACCCCGGCGCUCAAGGCGACGCCCGUGGAGGAGGAGGAGGUGGUGGAGGCGAACGCCGUGCCCAAACUGCGCAUCUCGCUCGGCUUCCUCAAGCCCCGGGGCGGCAGCACGGCAGCGGUGGCCACCAGGGCAAGUGGCCACACAGUGCUGGAGCCCCAGGACGAGCGGCGGGAGCCUCGACCAGGUGGAGACGACGCUCGGCGGCGGAGCAGAUCGCCUGUUGCUCUGGCCCAGGGGAAUAGCGGCGGCGAAAGUGGCGCCAGCGAGGGGCUUUCGUCCGCUGCUAAUAGCACAACGGAGGCGGCCGGCGCGGGGAUUGAGCGGGACGGCGAUGCCGGCAAGCAGCGGCAAUGGCGGCGGCAGCAGCAGGUGGAGGAGGAGGUGGAGGAGCAGGGUGGCAUCACGGGCACCAUUGAGGAGGCGGAGGAGGAGGCGCGGGGCUCCCCCCUCGCCAGCGAGGACGAGGAGGCCGGGCUGGAGGGCUGCUGCGAGUCAGACGACGAAGUGAUGCAGCGAGGAGACGGCGGUGUGAAGGGAUUGGGGGCAGACUUGGCGGCGGUGGAGGAGGACCAGGAGCAGCAGGAAGUGGAGGGGAAGCCUCGGUACUCGCCCAUCAGUGACGCCUCCCAGGUGGAGACGGAGCGUUCGGGGGAGGAGGAGGACAGCCGCUCGGGAUGCGCAUCGGAGAGGAGCGACCGUGACGACGACGGCAGCGGCGGCGGCGAGGUUGAGGAGGAGGGACGACCCGCACCACCGCACCGCCGCAAUGAUGGGGAGCAGCAUGGGGCCGGCGACGAGGAGAGAGGUGAUGCUGAUGAAGGGCAAGGUGACGGUGAAGAGAUGGGUGGCGAUGAGGAGGGUGGGGAUCGUAGCGAGGUGGGUGGAGAUGUUAAUGAAGAUGAAGAAGAGAGUGGGCAUGGUGACAUGGAGGGUGAAGAAGGUGAUGAGGUGGGUGGAAAUGAGGGUGGGGAUCGUAGCGAGGUGGAUGGAGAUGUUAAUGAAGAUGAAGAGAGUGGGCAUGGUGACGAAGAGGGUGGUGAUGGUGAUAAGGUGGGUGGAAAUGAGGGACGUGAAGAUCUGGAUUGUGAUGUUGAUGAAGGGGAAGGUGGUGAUGGUGAUGAGGUUGGUGAUGGUGAAGAUUUAGGUGAUGUCGAUGAGGUUGGUGUUGAUGAAAGAGAAGAGGACAGUGAUGUUGAUGGUGAAGGGGUGGGUGACUUUGCUGAUGAAGAUGGUGAUGAGAAUGGAGAUGUAGAGGAAGAGGAGAGAGCGGUUAAUGGUGAAGAUGUUGGAACUGAAAAUAUUGCUGAUGUUGAUGAAGAUGUAGGUGAAGAGGGUGGUGAUGCUGAUGAAGACGGUGGAGAUGCUGAAGACGAAGAUGGAGAUGCUGAAGACGAAGAUGGAAAAUAUGAGGGUGGAGAUGAUGGGGGAGAUGGUGAGGGCGAGGAUGGGGAUGGUGACGGUGGUGCUGGCGGCGAGGAUGGGGGAGGAGCCGACGAGGAGAGUGACCACACCGAGGAUGACAGUGGAGGAGGGGACCGUGGCGAGGGGAGGGCUGGCUACGAGGAGGGGGCCAAGGAGGUGAGCAACGAGGGUGCCCCGGGGGGGCAGGUCCGGGGCGAGCUGGAGCCGCUCACUCCCUCCGAGGUGCUGGAGCAGGAGGCGAGCCGCAUCCUCCAUGCCGACCGCAAGGCCGCGGCGGUGCACGCUGGCACUGCUGGCCCGGCCAAGCUCGUCAAGCGCCAGCCGCUGGACCCCGGAGCCACCGCUGCCUUCAAGGGCAGCACCAUCAACUGAGGACGUUUUGUGGCUCACUCCUCUAGUUCACGUUCCGAUCAACCUGAGUGACUCUGUCUGUGGCUCAUUGUCCCUGACUUCUGGAGGAGAUGCCGUUGCUGCUCGCAGGCGCCGACAGCUCUGUACAAUACUCGCACGGAUUAUCGGUGGCGGUGGCGAGACAGUGCGGAUGGGCAGUGGCGCCAUAUGAGCGUCGUUCUUUAUGGAAACGAAAACUGCAGACUUUGAGAGUUUCGGAACGGGGAGCGGCGACCAGCGCUAACGCCCGUGCCGCCGCUCUGCUUUUGGUGCUCAGGGCGGCGCCCUCAUGCUGUCCUGCUCCCCAGACCCCCUCCCCCCCCACCCUUGUAUGUGUGGGGGGCCCGUGUGAUGUAGCUAUGUUAAAGUGGGAACCUGGAGUGUGGCUGAGUUGUUUCGGGUUGUGCGAGACUGUUCGGUUCAUAUAUGGAAGCCACUUGUGAUGCGAGGCUCGUGUGUGUACAUAGGGUGUGCAUGUUGGGUUUGUGAAUUUGGGGGCCCCGUAUCGUGUGUAGUGCGUCGUGCGCGAGUAGGCUGUGAAUAUCGAGUUUCUGGUUUUGGGGUUGUGGGAUGCUCGCCAUGUGUGAAGGCAUGCGUAGGACAUGCAUGUGUGUGGACAGUCUGUAAGGAAAAACCUUCCACACAUAAAUCAGUCUCAUCAUUUGUACUCUACAGGUAUAUAUAUAUAAAUAAAAACGCAUAGACGCACACA